AUGCCCCGCCUAAACCCGACAACCAAACUCCCGACCCUAUUAACUAAGGGAUUAACGAGAACCCUCACGACCAAGCCCAAAACAGACUGGAACGCCACGCAAUACCUCAAAUUCGAAUCCGAACGCACCCAACCAGCCCUCGACCUCCUCACACACAUCCCCCUCAAAAACCCCACAUCAAUCCUCGACCUCGGCUGCGGGCCCGCAACCUCCACAAACCUGCUAGCAACGCACUAUCCCACGGCAAAAAUAACAGCCCUAGACUCCUCCCCAGCGAUGAUAGCGCGCGCCAAAGCGCAAGUCGUCCAGCGCACGCCCUCAAUCCUCUUCGAAACCGGAAACAUUGAAACCUACACCCCAACCGGGCCCAUCGACCUCUUCUUCUCCAACGCCGCCAUGCACUGGCUCAAAGCCUCCGAGCGCAUCCCGACUAUCGAGCGUCUGAUGCAGCCGCAGACGCCGGGGUCGGUGUUUGCGAUGCAGGUUCCGCAUAAUCUGGAUGAGCCUUCGCAUGCGCUUAUGUGGGAGACGGCGGCUGAGAAGAGGUGGGGGGGACGGUUGGAUUCGGUGCAGAGGGAUGGGUUUAUGGGGCCUGGGGAGCUUUAUGAUGCUGUGAAGGGGUUUUGUAGGGAGGUGCAGAUUUUUGAGGUUUCGUAUUAUCAUUCGUUGGACAGUCAUGAGGAGAUUGUGGAGUGGGUUAAGGGGACGGGGUUGAGGCCUUAUUUGGAUGCGUUGGAGGAGGGGGAGAGGGGGGUUUACUUGGAGGGGUACUUGGAGAGGUUGAGGGGGGCGUAUCCGGUUUCUGGUGAUGGGAGGGUUUUGUUGAAGUAUCCCAGGUUGUUCAUGGUUGCUGUUAAGUGA